UCAGUGCCAAAAACGACAGCGGCAGCGAACGACGUUGCAGCACGCAAUUAUUGUGUUGCUGAUGAUACCUGUGAAGUCCAGCCGUGUCCGGUGGAGACGGAAGAAGAUACACAAGCGGUAGAGUCGCAAGUGGACGUCUCGUGGCCAUCAACGCUUCGAGCGCAGAUCAAUUAUCUGUUUCUGGCGCCCGUGAUGUUGCCACUGUAUUACACGCUUCCGGACACCAAAAACCCGGCAUGUUUUACAGUCAUCUUCUUUGUCUGUUUCUCCUUCUUCUACAAAGAUACUAUUAUCCCGGCAUUUGAAGAAUAA